AUGAGCAGAGAAUGCGCGGUAUGGGACAAAGCUGAACAGGAAGGCUUUGGAGGACGCAAACUAGCAGAGGCAAGUAGGAAUGUACCCCUCCCAUCACUCAGCACAAACCCUCAGCCUCCCUCCCUACUAGCACCUGCCCCACCCCGCCCAACCUCAUACCCCUUCCCCAUAUCCCCACGCGAACAAAGCAGCACCAUCCAAGCCCUCUCACUCGCCAAGGGCGCUUCGCGGCAGUGGGUUGAAGGUAUGAUCAAGCAGAGGAAUGAACCCCUCCCAUCAAACCGGCAUGAGCCCUCAGUCUCUCUACUUAUCAACGCCCGCCCGCCACAUCCCGCCCAAUCUCUCACCCCUUCCCCCUAUCCCUACUCGACAUGCAACCAAAGCAGUAUCACCCGAGCCCUCCACUCCCCGAUGUGGCAGAUCAACGAGGGAAAAGGCAAUGAGACGGUUGAGCUGGUAGUAGGGACAGGGGUGUUAGGUGUCGGGCUACUCAAGCCAUAG